UCACACUUAGCUUGGCUGAUGGAAAAGCUCGACCCCAAUGACAUGACAAUUCGAGCUGGCCCUGGAAAGGAGCUGAAAAUAACAAAGGAUACGGUGCACCUAAUUUUGGGUUUACCGAAUGCUGGGGGAGGAACUGCAUUGGGCAUCGAUGAAGCUGUUGUUGCCAACAAUUUGAGAGCUGAACUUGGGCUAUCGAAAGAAGAUUUUGGGGUUACAGCUCUACAAGAUCGUUUGAGGAAAGGUUCUGACGAUGAUUUAAGCAUCAGAUGCUUUUUCUUGAUAUUGUUCAAUAGGUUGUUGUUCCCUACUGCCAGCUGGGGAAUAACGAACCAUGAGGUUCUUUUAACCGAGCAGAUGGAUCGUUUCCACCAGAUUGACUGGUGUCAGCUUAUUUUCAAUGAUUUAUGCCAAGCUGCCAAGAAGUGGCAUAACAGGAGCGUUACGAACGUUUCUACAACCAUCUAUGGAUGUUCCAUCGUUAUUCUUCUGUAUUAUUUGGAUCAUUUGCAUGACUCAGCGGCACCCCUGAACAAACGUGGAACACCACGAAUCAAAUACUUUGAUAGGAAUAUUAUUCAAGCCCUGACAAGAGCUGACAAGGGCAAGAUACGCAAAGGAGAAGAAGCAUUUGGACAUUGCUCGUUCCGAAGCUCCUCAGAGACCUGCUACACAGAUGUACCACCCGUUCAUGCACAAUUCAAGCAUAAGACCAGGACCAACGCUUUUGAUGUUCCUCGUCCUGACCCAUCUGGACAGCACUCAAUUCACAUCGAACUCCCGCUCAUCAGGGAUUUGAUAUCAAGCAAGCUUAAUCAGCUUCCAUCCCGCCACCGCAUGGGUUUCAUAGAGAAGCUGUCACAUUUUGAUGCGGAGGUUGGUAAGGCGUGUUCAGUUAUUAAACAGAAUCUUCAGCAGAUUGUUGAGAAACAAUUCAAUCUAUCUGAUGUUUUUGGCGAGUUAAUUGAUGAGGUCCUCCGUGCCGAGGCGGGUGACAACGAAGAUGCUUAUGAUGUGCAGAAAACCACAUCAAAAUCAGAUGAUAUUCUUCCCCAGACAGCUGAAGGAUGUACGUGUCCGGCCCCCCCAACUGUACCCGAUAUGUCUACUCCAGUUUCUCAGCUGGAUACGCAGUUUACAGACACACAGGUACAUGAAUUACUGUUAAGGCAACAGCAUAUUCGUGUACUAUUAGAAAGUUGUCCCGAUGAAGCUGAUAUUGAUCUACUGGUUCAUACAAAUAUAACGAAACAGAACAAAACACCUACAACCUCAGUGGUAAUGUUUUUACAAUCAUUGUAUUUUUCAUUCUAGGGUUGUAUUAAUCGUUUUAUGUAAAUAGCAUAUAACCAUUACAAUUCUUUCAGGGUAAACAUGGUGACGGUGGCAAAAACAUGCCGACCAAUACAAACGUCACUCCUAAAGCAACACCACACAUGGAUCCUGACGCGCCGAUAUUUGAUGCGACACCGCAAAUCAAGUCUACUGGCGGCGUACAACAAGUGGCAGAAACAGACUUGCCUGACAGUGGUCCAUGCUUUGAUCAGACUCCAUCUGAACAUGUUUAUGUUGAAACCGAUCCAGCUACAAACACUCCACAGGUUGGCCAGGCUUCUCUUGAUUCGGAGAUGCAAACUGUGUUAGCUCUACGCGAAUAUUUGUGUGGUCUGCAAUCUGACACCGGCAGGACCAUAAUAGAUUAUGGUGAAUAUUCAGCGACAUGUUCUGACAUAUAUGAAUCUUUUGCCGAUGGGAAGUGUCUCGACAAUGGAUUCAUGCAGUGUUUCAUCCAAUGUGUUAUUCAUGAUGCAAAAAAUCAGCAGACUUCCAUGAGUUCAAACAGUUUGGUUCUUGAUGUUAAUGUUGGGUCAAUACUCAACUUUGAGGAACAGGAACGACACAGUCGCAAUCCUCAACCUUUUGAUGAAUCUGUACUCCACACACUUCUAGAUAAUUCAUUGCCUGAGACAGAUGAGUUGGACCAAUACAAAGCGGUAACAAUCCUAUUUCAUAAUCCAAACACAAUUCCUUUUAAAUGUAACAUAUCACAUUGUUAUGCUUUUGUAAGUUACCCUGUUAAUUUUAUGCUUUUUUUA